UUUAACAUUUCUACUGUGACUGAGUUAGCCGUCUAAUGUCGGACGGGUAGACACAGUCUUGAAUACAACAUUAGGCAUGAGAACUGUUUUUGGAAGUAGUUAACUCUCCAAAAUUGAUUAAUGGAGUUCGAGAUGGAACGUUAUCGAAAGAUGCUGUUAAAAGACUCUCAUUUUCGAAAAGAAACUAUAAAUCCGUCCACGCAAUAUGAAGGAACUGGCAAUCUUUUCUUCUUAAUGUUUUUGUGAUUAGGAAUACUCCUAAUGCCGUUCAGAAAAAGUAAAAAAUCAUCGGGAAAAGUAUUUCCCGUACGUGUUACGACAAUGGAUGCUGAAUUAGAAUUUGAUUUAGAUCUUAAAGCAACUGGACGCGAUUUGUUUGAUUUAGUUAGUCGUACUAUAGGUCUUCGCGAAAUAUGGUAUUUUGGAUUGCAAUACGUCGAUUCAGAAGGUUUCGUAGCGUGGCUGAAAUUGGAUAAAAAAGUACGUGAUCAAGAUAUCCGGAAAAAAAUGCCUGUGCCCUUUUUGUUCCUUGCGAAGUUUUAUCCGGAAGAUAUGGCUGAAGAGUUGAUUCAAGAAAUUACUCAGCAUUUGUUUUUCUUGCAAGUGAAACAAGCCGUUCUUAAUAUGGACAUUUAUUGCCCUCCUGAAGCAUCGGUAUUACUUGCAUCCUAUGCUGUGCAAGCCAAAUAUGGUGAUUAUGAUGAAGCCUCAUAUAAACCUGGUAUGUUAUCGAAUGAAGAUCUUCUUCCCCAGAGAGUAAUAGAUCAGUAUCAAAUGACUCCAGAAAUGUGGAUAGAAAGGAUAAAAAUUUGGUAUGCUGAUCAUCGUGGUAUGACACGGGAUGAAGCAGAAAUGGAAUAUUUGAAAAUUGCUCAAGAUUUGGAUAUGUAUGGUGUUAAUUACUUUCCAAUAUGUAAUAAGAAGGAGAGUGAAUUGUGGCUUGGUGUAACAGCUCUUGGGCUAAAUAUAUAUGAAAGGAACAAUAAGCUAUCACCCAAAAUUACAUUUCCGUGGAGUGAAAUUAGGAACAUAUCAUUUGAUAAUAAAAAGUUCACCAUAAAACUUGUAGAUAGGAAUUCACCAUGUUUCCAGUUUUAUUCUUCAAAAAUUAGAAUGAAUAAAUUAAUACUGGAUCUCUGUAUAGGUAACCAUGAUCUUUUUAUGAGAAGACGUAAACCUGAUUCUAUGGAAAUUCAACAAAUGAAAGCACAAGCCAAAGAAGAGAAAGUUCGUAGGCAAAUAGAACGCAAUAAACUUGCACGUGAAAAACAACUAAGGGAAGAAAUUGAGAGAGAGAAAGCAGAACUAGAGCAGAGAUUGAUGCAGUAUCAGGAAGAAGCUAGGGUAGCACUCGAGGCAUUACGGAGAUCAGAGGAAACUGCCGAACUCCUUGCUGAGAAAGCUAGGAUUGCUGAAGAAGAAGCAAUGUUACUCACUCAGAAAGCUUCAGAUGCUGAAGCUGAAAUUCAGAGAGUUAAAAUAAGUGCCAUAAAGACAGAAGAAGAAAAGAAAUUGAUGGAAAGAAAAGCUCACGAGGCAGAACUUUUAGCAACUAGAAUGGUGCAAGAGUCUGAAAGAAGAGCAAAAGAAGCAGAAAGAUUGAAGGAGGAACUCAUUAAAGCCCAGAUGUCAGAAAAAGAUGCCAAAGAAAAAUUGCGGGAAAUAUUUAAAAAUAGUUAUUCAAAGUCCUAUGUUUCUAAAUCGUCUGUAGAUGUCCUAAGUAUUGUGCCAAGGCAAUAUUCUGAACUUGAUUUAGAGCAUAAUGUAAAUGCUGGUACGAAUGCCAUCACAUAUGAUCUUAUAGCAGAUCAUGAAAUGGAAAAAUUAACACUUGAAAUAGAAAAAGAACGUGUGGAAUACUUAGAAAAAAGUAAACAUUUACAAGAGCAAUUGCUAGAGUUAAAAACUGAAAUUGAAGUUUUAAAAGUGGAAGAUAACAUUACAUCUCUUGACUAUAUAUAUGAAGACAAUGCUGGUCGAGGUGAGAAUAAGUAUUCAACACUGAGACGAACGAAAUCUGGUUCUACCAAAACCCGUGUUGCAUUUUUUGAAGAGUUGUAAGAUACUUAGAUCCGUUUCCUGAUGCAAACCCUUGAUUGACCAUUGAGACCAUCUCACAGCAAAACUUUAUGUGGGAGUUAAAUCCACGUACUGCAGUUCAAACUAGUGCUCAACCAACACUGUUUCAAAGAAUAAGGCCUGAAUGUGAGCAGCUGACUGGUCAGUGAGAUCACGAGCAGAAGACAGAUGGCAAGCAGCAAAAAGCUUCUCUAGUGAUGAAUCUAUAAUCUGUUCCUUUUCACUAUACUUUCUAAAUUCGGAUUCUGUCUUGCAUUCAAAGUCUAAUUUUAAAUUAAAAUUUUCAAUCUAUGGAAAGUUGUUCUGAAAUUAUGAACGCCUAAAAAUAUAAACACUGUGAACAUUUCCUCCCCAAAUCCCCAGAUACUUGCUUUUCAAGCAGUGUGUGGAGUAAUUAAAAUAAAACAUAAAAAUAAAUGCUAAAUAAAUAUAAAUAAUGAUAUAUAUGCCACAAAAAUUAAAGAACAAAUAAACUGUGAGUGAGAAAAUUACUGAUAUUCAGACAUGAUACUACAAAAAAAGUGGGAUGAAGGAACAGUAACUACUUUAAACAACAUUUCAUUUCCCUUAUGACGCAUAUUUUUCAUUCAUAUAUCUCGGGCAAAAUAGAUAAAAGAAUUUAACACUAAAACUUUUAAAUUCAGUAAAUGCAAAGAGGUUUGGACAUUAUGUUAAAAAGUCUAUUGUAAGUUUGGAUUUUUAACUGAAGUUUUUUUAAGAAAUUCUGCUAGGAAUUAAUGAAACUAUCACUUCAACUGAAAAACAAAAUAAAUUGAAACUCCCACUACAAAGGAUUUCUACACACAAAAUGAAAAAAUAAAAUUUUAUGAUGAGUAUAAAACAUAAAGCGUAUUCUAAAUUCCAUAGAGAUUUUAUUUUUAUUGUGACAUUUUUAUGAAUAAAUCUUUACUUAUGCAUAGAUUAAGUUUAGAAUUUCAGCAGACUAGUCAAUUUAAUAUGAAAUUAAUGGUAUAUUUCUUUCAACAAGUUUUUUUUUUUUUUUGGUGAAAAUUUCGACAAAUGUUUGCGUUAAGAUUAUGCAUUUAUAUAUUCACACAAAUGAGGUAUAAUUUUUGUGAUUGUAUAUUGCUUACAAUUCACAGUUUUACUUCUUAAAGCCUGUUAACCCCACUUUUUGAUUUACAUGUCUUUUAAUUUAAUUCACUACUUGUUUCAUUUAGGAAAAGGUAUAAUCUCUAAAAGAAGAACUUGGUAUAUUUGUUAACAAAUGAAGGCAGAUGAUUAUACUAUAACCAAAAGAUUGAAAACUGUUACUGAAUAUAAUAAAAGAUCAGAUAAAUGUCAGUUGUUGUCAAACCAUUACUUUCAUCUGAACAUGAACCUUUUUUUAAAGAACAUAAAACCGGAGAUAUUUAGUUUGUUCAACCAUUAUUAAUCAGUUACCUUUUCACAGAACUGUUUGAUCAUUUAGACAUAUGUUUAUAUAUUGACGACAUAAUUAAAAAAAUAAAUUUGGGCAUAAUCAAAUAAUUUUGUUGAAAAAAGAAAUGAUAUAACUAAAAAGAAUCCUAAAAAAUCAGAAAGUUUAAUAAACUUUUAAAAUAUCAGUGUGUUGCAAAACAUAUGUAACACAUAACACAAAGAAGGGGGACUUUAUUAUGUUACCCUCACAUUAAGGCACAUAACACUAUCUUUGGUAACCUGGUUUAAAUUUAUUUUAUACACAUUAUCAAAAUGGAUAUAAAUUUAAUGCUUUGUUGUUUUGUUCUUAUAUAGUUUAAUUUUGUUAAGCUCUUGUACAGUUCAUUUCUUUCUUUUUUUCUUGUGUAGUUUUAAAUUUGUUAAUUUCUUGCAAGAUUUUAUUUCUCACAAAGUUUUUUUUCCUCCUUAUAGUGAUUGUGUUGUAUAGAUUUCCUAUCCUGUAUGCAGGAAAUGAUCAGUUAUAUCUUUGCAUAUACCUUUACGGUUACUGUAUUUGUGCAUAAAAUACCUCAGAUAUUUUUAUAGUAUUUACUAUAACAAACACAUUCAAGGGCAUUACAUGCCAGAAAGGACAUUGUUGAAUGAUGUACCUUUUGAUAAAUCAAUUAAAAUAUGUUACAGAAUGGACAUCAAUUUUAAGUUUUAUUUCUUUUUAUGCAUUUCUUGAAUAAAAGCUUCAUUUCUUUUCAUGUAUUUCUUAUAUAACUUCUUUAUAUAUGUGAAUUUUUAUUUCCUCUUGUUAAUUUGUGAUAGUUUUUCGUAAUCAUUUUAUUUCACCUAACAAUUAUUUUAAAAAUAUUUUAAUAAAUCUUUUGUAAUUACUGACAAAAAAAAUUGUGUACAGUUUAUUACACUUUUUUAUAUUUAGUUUGUUAAUAUUUAAUUACCUAGUUAAUUUAACACAAAAAAUUGCUUACCUUUGAUAUAAACUAUUGUUUAUUAUUUUUAUAAAGUGUAACAGUGUAUCAAUUGUUCAGCACCAAAAAAGAUCAUAAUUUUUCUUCUCAAAAACAUGCAUAUUUUUUAUUGCAGCAGUGCUUUAUUCCUUUGCAAAAAAUUUUUGCUCCCCUCCUAAAUUAGAAUAUAAGGUUUGAAAUGAAAUGUUUAAAAGAGAACAAUGGCAAAAUAAUAACAAUCAGUUUUAGUUUCAUUUAACAAUAAAAUGUGCUAAUUAAUAUUGGGUUAAAUUCAAUUGAAUUUUACAUUUUUAUGAAAUCUGAAAUUGCGGCCAUGUAUUUCAUAACAUUACUUCCUUUAGAAAAAUUUUCUCUGUUUGGUCAGCAGAAUCUAAGAUAAAUUCUUUCAGCUGUAUUCUAACAAAAUUUACAGAUCAGAUUUUAUUAAUGAUCUAGUAAUAAUAAUAAGUCAGAAAAUUAGAAAUCAAAUUUAUUAAUCAGUUUUCAUUUCCUAUCUUCUACAAUGCAAUAAAAAACAAAGAAAUCUUCCUGUAUUUUAAUACUUUUAAGUGUAAAAUUCUACUGUGAAUCUUUUUCUAAAUUGUAAAUCGUAAAUACUAAGUGAAACAAACAGGAAGAAAAACAGAGCUAAUUAAAUAAAGAAGCGGAAAUAGGGAUGAAUGUGGAGCGGAGCCGUGAACAACCGGUCUUCUACUGUGAUGUCAUGCUUUCAUGCUCAGGCCGUGUAAUUACCUAGAAGUUGUUGGCUCAAACUCUAUAAACCAUUAAACUGUCCAGGGCAACACAAAUUAAAUAUUUGUUUCUAUACUUUAUAUUGUACUGAAUAUUAAGAAAUGGAAAAUUAGCAUCAAUAUUUGUUGAUAAUUUUUAAUAUGCUUUUAAAUCAUCAGUGUCAUCUGACUAUUAACCACACCGUCAUAUCUUCAAUAAUUUUCUUUUACUUAACUUAUAUUGAUUAAUUAUAGCAAAACAUGCAAGGGAAUGUUUUUCAGAAAAGAUUUAAUAAAAGAAUUACUAUUAAAUAUUAGGAGGAAAUCAUAAAAACGUUCAUGUAGCCAUUCUGUUUUGUUAGUGCAGUAAAAGCCUGAUUAUGUGUCAUUCAACUAACCAGAAAGCUGAAGUAACUAGAAUAUUUUAUAAUGUUAACAAAAAAUUUCCCCCAAAAAACUUAGUAAAUGAAAAAUUUGUAAUGCCAUUAUACAGCUUGUAAUACUAUUAACACGUAUACAUUCUCAUCAAACAGUGUGAUUUAGCACCAAUAAUGUAAGCAUGACCAAAACAUUAAGAAGUUUGUUUUGGUGUAAUGUAAAUUCGAUUAAUCCCAAUAAGCUGUUUUAAUUUUUAUAAAGAAGGAUAUAAUUUCUGUUUUUUUCCCCCCGCAUUUAAAAGAGAAAUGAUUAAUAUUUGGGACAGCAUAAAGUGUAGUACUUUCAAAGUUACAGAAUCUUGGCAUUAAAAAAAAAGUAUAUGUGACAGUGAUGAUAAUUAUGAAAACAGUGAUGAUGUAACAUGAAAAAUUAUUAUUUCUCUAUUUAUCUAACUAAAUAAGGAACGGUAUGUUUAUUUAAACUUCUGCCCAAAUAAUUGGCAACAUCUCCUCCAACUUUCAUAUUCGGAUCAUACCAAUGAAGUAUGUUGGCUUUUAUAAGGUUGAAAGGGAUUCCCUCCCCUCCCAAAACCUUAAUUUUAGAAGUAGAAUUUUGAUAUUCAAAUUGAUAACAAAUAUGAUGUUUGUUUUUAUAAUUUUAAAGCAUAAAUUUAUCCUAAUUUAGCUUUUCUUAUAUGAAUUCCAAUUUGUAUCCACUCAACUAUCAGAAAUUUUCAUAUACCUGGAAUUUGGCAUUUCCUGAGCUUCUCUGGACAGUUGAACUUUUACUUUGAACUUGGGAUAAAAUUACUGAUACCUAAUAAUUUCAUCUACUUGCUUGUUAGUGUAUUUUCUUUCAGCUUUAAUUUGGUUAUUAAUUUACUGUUGGUGAUAGCAUUUUGGUACACUCAUGGAAUUUCUAUUGCAAAUUUUUGACAUGAUUUAUCUAAGCUUAAAAUAUCUAAAUUUUCUUCUGUCUAGAUUCUGUCUUUUAAUAUUGCAAAUCUGAAAAUAUACUUUUUCAAAUAAUUGCCUUUCUCUUGUGAAUUAUUCCAAACUGAGUUUUGUUUGUCUGUGUUUUUAUUGAAAUAUUUACUCCUAUGGUUAAUACUAGCUGUGUCCCAUGAAAAUAACAUUUAUAAUGAGUACAUAUAACAUCAGCUUAGUUUCUGCAGAAAUACUCACAUGCAGUGUUCUAGGUAGUGUAUGUCACUAACUGUGCAUCAUUUUAUAUUUGGUGGUGAAAGGAGCCAUAAGUUCACUUUCUGAUAGAGUUUGAGUGAAUAGCAUAAUACACCAGAAAAAAGGUAGUUUUGAAUUUUUGUGGAAGUUUUUAGGAGGGGAUGGGUAACUAAACUAAAAUACUUCAGAAUGCAUAUUCCAGAAUAGAAAUGUUUUCAUGGUUGGAAAUUAUAUAUUGUCAUUUUUUGUAGCUUAUUAUCUGUUAAAAAAUCGUAGUAAAGAUAAAAGAAAAAAUAUUUUGUUUUUCUAUUUCUGAUGAUUGCUUAAAUAAAAUUCUUAUGAAGUCUCAUCAAUGUAGAAAUAACGAUUUCUUAGAAUGAUGUAGAAUUCUCCUAACAUAAGAAAAAUAUUUAAAUGAAAUGCAUGUAACCUGUAGAGAAGAAAAAUAUAUUUACAGGUACAGGUUGAAGCAGAUAGGACACCAGAAUUUCACCAUUGGUCGUACAGGUUAGUCCUGCCACACUAAUUGCCCCUUCCACCCCAGUUUUGAAGAACUCUCCAGGAUAGGUCUGAGGGUCUCCCAUCCCUUUUUUCUUACCCCUGACCUCUUCAGAGACCUUUUCAACCUGCUGUAUAUUUUGAGUGCCCCCAUGCCGCACAGACAGUGUACAUUUAUAAACAUCCAUGCUUUCUCUGAGAUUCGAGCCCAGGGCCUUUGCUAUGGCAGUCAGUGUCACUAACCUCUUAAAAACUUAUUCUUAAGUUUUAACACCAUUUCCUGUUUAAUUAAUUAGAAACUUUUGUUAGUAAAAUUAUGCAAGUAAGUACUGAACUUAGGACAGUUUUACUAAAUUAAUAAUUUCAUUCAAGAAUUAAUAAUGAUAGCAUAUAAAAUCUUCAUGUUUUUGUAUACACAUGCACAUAGGACACCAGAAUGCCAGACCCUUAGUUCUAAAUACUAUAUUUUGUUUUAAUGAAAUGGUAAAAUUAAAAAAAAUGAUAUAUUAGGGAGAGUAAUAACAUAAACUGCAAAAAGCCUGUGCAUCAUUAGUGUCUACCACUAUCAUAUAUAUGUAUUAUGUAUGUAUACACUGCUGUAGAGAGAAUCUGUGGGCUCUAGUAGCGAUUGUGGUGCUGGUCCUUAAGUAUGAUAUAAGAAAAUCAACUUGAUGAAUAAUUACUUUAUUGAAAAAUAAAUGCUUGUUUGUUUAAAAUUAAAGAGUGCUAUUUUAACAAAUAAUUGAAAAAAUAAAUUAAAAUUGACAGCCAAAAGCCCCAUAACUGGCAGUGCAAGAUUUACGGAUAAGCUACACAAGCUAUAGCUUAGGACCCCCCAAAAAAUCCUAGAUAUCCAAAAAUCAUAUUUGGCACUGACAAUAUAAUAUCUGGACUGAUAAAGGGCCCCCAUAUCUCAAAUAGCUUAUUGCCUUAUCAAGUCUAAAUUCAGCCCUGAUAACUGGGUAUAUUUCAUGACAAAAACAAAUUUUAUAAUGUCCACAAAAAAGUUUCACAUUUUGUUUUACUGAAAAAAGUUAAGGUAGGAUGAAAUUGUCAAGCUACAUUGGUCUUAAUUAACCUUUUGAUGCUGGCGAUAUGCCUAGAAUAAAAAACAUUUGUACAUUUGUACAUCUGUUUUUUUUAAAGUGCUGGAAAAAGUAAAAAAACAAAAUAUAGAGAUUUGGAGGAAAUCACUUCAAAAGGCAGAUGUUAUGCAUGGUAUUGGAAAUAAUAUGCUCUGAAAGUCUAAAGAUUUGCAUUUUCUUUCUCUUUAAAGAUGUAGGGCUACUUAAAAAAGUUAUUAUAACUUUGCCAUUUUUAUUCAUAUAUCUUACCUGCAAAUAAAAGUUAUUAUUUUUCUGCAGUAAUUAACUAUUUAUUUGAACUGAUUCAUUGUAUGUAAAAUUUGAUUCAGAAUGACAGAUAUCUUGAGUGAAAAUGUGCUUUAGCCCACUAUUUGGUGUGUUUUCAAAAAUUGUUACUUUGACAAGUGCAUUUCUGUGCAGUUUCACCUGAAGAGUUACAAUUCUGGAAGACACUGCAAGAAAAUGGGUAUAAAAUUGACACAGUACAGUACAAAAAAUAUUCCAUUUCUAACUUACCUUAGUUUUCCUAUGCAUCUUUUUCAAUCAUUGGGUUACAUUCAAUAGGAGUGCCCUAAAACUUCAUCUUUCAUGGAACCUCUGUAAUAAAACCUCUGUUUGUUCCCUUUUCAUUUCCACUUCUGAAAUGUACUUUCAUUCACUUCAACAGUCACUUCUUUUCCAUCAGGCAGCACACUUUUGUUGAUCACGGCCAUCUGACAUACCUCUCUGAAAAGCAUGAACCAGUCAGCAACAGCAUGUUUGUGAACUUCCACUUCAUUUGAACACCUUCCAAACCAAAAUCUUGUUAUCUGUAUGAUGUCAAAUAUGCUCAAGUGAUUGUGCUUAAACCACAAACCUCUGUUCAUGCUCCUACAAACAUCAAGUGAAUUCACACUAACUUGCUUAUGACAAUGUCAUUCACAUCCAUCAAUUUGUCUGUUUAAUCACAUAAUGUGUAGUGUUCCCACUUUUUUGGACACUCAGUUUUAAUCAAACCUGUUUUCAUUGUGGACUCUUCUCCACACAAAUUCUCCCUAACAGGAGUGGAAUUUACUCUCCACAUAAUUAGUAUUAUUUUGAAGGUCUUGUUUCACUGCUGACUAAGUCACUUCAACUGAACCAGUAUGUAUUACGUCUAUUAGAAUCUUCAAAUGUCAUUUUGUCAUUUACACAGCAAAUGCAUGUACCCUUCAUCUGAGCGACAGUCAUAUGCUUUCCAGUGGUCCAAUAUUAUUGUGGUCUCCAGCGGUACUCCAUCCUUAAUGAUACUCAAAAAGUUCUCUUUUGUUCUUCUCUCAGCCACUUGAAAAAAAAAAAAAAUUAUUCAUUCCCUUUUCUGACCCAGUAUCCAUCUACAGUAAGCCCCUUCCAUAUCUACUUAACAAUAACUUCUUUUCCACCAAGAGAAACAAUUUCAUUGCCCAUGGCUUGAUAUACCUCUCUUUAAAACAUAAAUCAUUCAACAGCAUAUUUAUGAACUUUAUCCUCAUUCAUAAAAAACUCAUUUGAACGCCUUCCAAACCAAACUUCUAAAUGAUAGAAUGUCAGAAAGGCUGAAAUGACUGUGCUUAAACCACAAACCUCUCCUCACUCUCCUUACAAACAUCAUGUUAAUUCGCACUACCUUACUUUCAACAACGCCAUUCAUAUCCAUCAAUUUGUUCAUGCAAAACGCAUACUGUUUCCACAUUUUGGAUACUCAGAAAUAAUCAAACCCACUUUCUUUCAUUGCAUUUCCAAUAGCAUAAUAAAAGUAGUAGUGCAUUCACAAACUUCUUUCAUGCCCAAAAAGUUUUCUAUGAUGUGAUUUAGUAUAUAAAAUUGUAAGUUUUUUUUUAUUGUAACUGGAAGUAAAGUCCUGCUGACCCUACUAGACAGGUAGUGAAAACUUGCUAAUCCAUCUUAGCAACUUGCAAAAUACUUGCAAAAGUUGAAAUAACCUUUUUUAUUUAGUCUUAAAUUGAACAUAACAGUACUUGUAUUACAGAUGAAACUUCCACUGCUUGUGGAUAUUUAUAUUAAUAUAACAGACAAAUUCAAAUAUUGGUAAUGUAGUCUAAGACUACACAUUAAGUAGACUAAUAUUAACUAAUUAUAUAAACAGACUAAUUAAACAGACCUCAGCAUAUUUUACUGGCAUGUAGUUUUAAAAUAUUGACUAACGAGAUGCUAAAGCCAGAAUAUAACUUUUAAGCAGAGUUGGCAAAAAUACUAACAACAUGCAAUUGCCAGAAGCAUAUUAUUGUUAGUAUCUAAAUAUUCGAAACCCUCAACUUAUAUACCCACCAAACUAAUUUGCAUUCUGGAGAGGAAUGCAGAAAGAACUUAGUCAUCGUAACUGGUUAAUUAACAAGAGCUACUAUACAAAAUAUCCAAGAACAGGAAAUCCAUGACUGCUCAGCAUGAAAUCUUUAAUGCUUAAGAAUGUUAACAAUAAUCAGUCAAAUUCUAAUUAAAUUGCUAUACUGUUUGGAUAUGCAUAUGUAUGUGAGUUCAUUGAAUUUUUUUUUAAAUUAUUAAUCAAAUUUAGGUCAGACUGCUGUAUGGUUUGAAUACAUGCAUCUGUUGUUCUAACAACUCAGUGCUUCUCAAACUCAAAAUAUAAAGACUGCCAACAUUGGCAUGUUUAAUGGUGCAGAAAACAUUUGAUCCCAAAGUAGUGGGUUAAACAGCAUUCCACUUAUGCCUGUGUAUUCUGUUAAGUGUCUGCUUAUAAGUGAUACAUGGAGUUGUUUCAGUGAAGGCACUGCUUUAUAUUGUUAACAGGUAUGUUAUUAUUGUUUUAUAUUAGCUAAAUUUCAGGUUCUAGUCAAUUUCAGUUUGUAUGAUGUGAAUUACUGGACCCUUUUUAUGAGAUACUUGGCUGUUUGAUUAUUUUGAAUAUACUUCAUGAAAAAGACAUUUUUCAGAAUCUGUUAAUUAAGAUCUCAAAUUCAGUAAUGAAUCAAGAUUGUCCUGUAUUACAGUUUUAUCAAAGUGUUCAUUUUAAAGUUGGGAGAAUAUAUGUUUAUGUGUUUGAUAGUUUAGUACUGUAUAUUCAUCCAAGGGAAGAAAUAAUUUAUGGUUAUGAAUCCUUGGAGUGUUCACAAUUUUUGAAUGAGUUUGUAAUAACUUUAUAAAGAAUAAAUUGAUUUAAUAGCUUUAUGAACUAUGUAAAGUUUAGAAAUGUACUUGAAUGUCAUCUAUAAUUAAAUUUUAUUUUGUUAUUAAAUAUGUAUAUAAUGCUGUGGAAAGUUGUAAUCACAAAAGCUUCUUAUCCAUGUGUCAAGGGCCAAAGAAUUUUUCAUGAAAUAAAUAAUUUGGAAUUAUUCUA